UUAUGGAUACUGUCUUUUUGAAAUACCGCUUUUUUUUCCUCAAGAAGUUCAAAGUAGUAUAAACUUUGAUAGCUUAAGUAAAAAAAAAAAUCUCAAGCAUGGACUACUUGUAACCUGUUAAUGUGAAAUUGUCUACCCUUUGCUAGGCUGCUUUGACAUUUUUUGUGUUGGGAUCACAGUGAUCAGGAAAGUUUGAACAAGAUGAACUUGCAGUGUAGAGUGGGAUGAUUGUAAAUGCAAGCAAGUAUCAGUUUAUUUUCCCGCUUCACAAAAGUGCAUGUACAAAUGCUGCAGUUGUAUUUCAACUGUGAAUAGUCUUUGUUCAGAUAGCAUACUUGCCUGUUGCAAGUGCUAAGAAUUUGCUUUUCCAAGAUGUUUCAAGGGGACCACAGACAUGUAAAUAAAUUUGGUGCUGCUUGUUUGGUUGUCAGUGGAAACUAUGCAAUAUUCAGUAUUUUACAGAACUUGCCUUCCUUGGUGAAUUUCUUAAAUAUGAAUUUAGAAGCCCAAUUAGGCAGUACUGGUUUUUUGCUUUUCACAUUUUCUGAACCACUGGAAUAUAAACAGAAUUCAGUAGGGUAUGUGUCUGAGGCAAAGCUGUGAUUUUAGUCUACCAAUAUUUCUUAAAGUCCAAAUAUGAGUUGGUGUUUUAAUCUUUUUUUAAUCCUAGCUUGGACAUUUAACAUCAGUAGAAGAUGCUUAGAAGGUGAUGUAUUUUUAAAGCUGAAAUUCUUAAACCUGUCCAUUCUAUCAGGACUUCACCAGGAGCACUGUUUCACACUACGACAUUUUAGAUUUUCUCGGUUUUAUUUAGAUAUCAGCAUUUGGAUUUUCUAAAUCCAAAAGUUCAAUAAAAACUGCUUUUGAGGAGAAAAUUUUAACUGACAAAAUAGGCUUUUUGCAAAGCAGAUGCUGAAUGUUACCUAUUUUGACAUAAGAACCACUUUUUAAAAUAAGUGAAUUGCAUUUACCAAUGAAGUUGAUUGUUGUAAAAUUAUUUUUUUGAUAGGAAAACUGCUUAAACAUACAUAUAUAUUUAUUGUUGCAUUUAGAAGUGUAAGAUUAUAGAAAAGUGACAGGAGAGUGUGUGCUGGAAUACAUCCAGUGGUGGGGUUUUUUCCAGUUAUUGAGGAUCAGAUGCAGAAGAAUAAAUUAAAUAUUUUGGCAAGGAUAUUUCUAACUCCGUUCUCGGCUGUCUAGCUUGACAGCUUUGUAUAUGUGUGAGGUAGAGAAGGAUUCUUUGAAAGGGGAGUGCACAGUCUAAUACCCCAAUCAGUAGUUGUUACGCUUCAAUACAAGGUUACAAAGCAGCAGCAGUGGUUUUGGUUGAUAUGCUAGUAAGUGUUUAAUAAAUACAGCAGCUGGAGAGGGCUGAGGAAUCUCAUAACAAAGCUGUAGGAAAGAAUUACAUUAGCCUAUAAAUACUGGUCUGCAGCAGCUAUGUUCAGUUCUCCUGUGGCUCUCACAGUAAGCUUUGUCCUUACAUGCUGGUGGAAGAGCUCAGGAGCCUUUUGUAACCUGACUGUGUGAUACUGAAAAUAUACAGUCCCCCUCCCUGAAUUCAAGGUGUAUUAAUUUAUCUGUAAAAUACAUUUAUUUUUUUUGCUUUUUGAGUCCCUCUGAUGGUUCAGCUGAAUAGCUUUCUACUUUUUUUUUCUUUUGUGUUUUAAUGCUUUGCAGUACACUACAUGAAUUUCUCAGUACCGUGACAAACUUCCCACUUUACAAUUUCAGUCUUACAGUGACACUGAUGAGUGCUUCCAAAGCUGACAUACUGAUUGCUCUUCAAAUGUUGUGUGCAAUUUUUCAAUCAUGUAAAACAGGCGGUCAUGUUUAAAAAAUGUCUCGGACCUGUUUGUGAUGGGAGGAGCUCUUGUUCUAGAAUCGGCAGCUCUUUUGCACUGGCUAGAGAGAGAAGGCUAUGGACCGCUAGGGAUGACUGGAAUAUCCAUGGGAGGACAUAUGGCUUCACUGGCAGUGACAAACUGGCCUAAACCGUUGCCAUUGAUUCCAUGUCUUUCCUGGUCAACAGCUUCUGCAGUCUUUACUACGGGUGUGUUGAGCAAGGCAGUGAACUGGAGAGAGCUGGAGAAACAGUAUUUUACACAAACUGUUUAUGAAGAAGAAAUCAUUCAAAUGCUUGAAUACUGUGGUACGGAUUCUUUCAAGAUGGGACAAGACUUUGUUAAAAACUUCCCUGACAGUGUGGACAGUCUGGAGGAUGUGGACGUGACUUCCAGAAUGUUUGACCUUGAUUCCUCAAACAAGACUGUAUCUAAAGAAGCUGUCCACAGCUUUACCACAAAUAAAAGUGCUCUAAGUGCCUCAUCAGAAAGACUCUUAAUACAAGAUGGUCCUAAAAUGCAGUGCAUAAAUCAAACAUUUUCAACCAGUAGCAACAGCAAUAAAAACUUAACCAGCCAAGAAGAACACAUGAUAAAUAAAAGAAGAAAGAGUGACACUUUACAGAGAGAAUCCUUAAGGUUCAUGAAAGGAGUAAUGGAUGAAUGUACCCAUGUAGCUAACUUCUCAGUUCCAGUUGACCCAAGUUUAAUCAUAGUUGUACAAGCUAAGGAGGAUGCAUAUAUCCCUCGAACUGGGGUGCGCAGUCUCCAAGAAAUCUGGCCUGGAUGUGAAAUUCGGUAUCUGGAUGGAGGUCACGUCAGUGCCUACCUCUUCAAACAAGGACUCUUUAGACAAGCGAUAUAUGAUGCAUUUGACCGCUUUCUUCAGAAAUAUGCAGUUUAAAAAUCUUCAUAAUGUGCUCAAACUGAUCUCAUUUGUAUUUCUGCUUACCGGAACUCAUAUUUGGAAAACGAGCCUCUUGCAAGAUUGGGUAGAUGGUCACUGACUUUGACUGUCGUAGGUAACAAUUAACAAAAAUGGUAAAGUACCAGCAUUACUUUCAUUUCAACCAGAUACCAUUCUGACACACUUGUUUCAGUUUCACCUGUGAAAAAACAUAGGAAUGGUUCAUGUACUUCAUGUUUAAUCGCACUGUGUAUUCCUUUAAUUCUGAAUAAAUUCUGAAUUGUGCAUCAGUUGAAAACAAACUAAUGUAAGUAUUGAAAGAAUGUAAAAUUUGCUGUAGGGAUAAGAUACUCACUUGCGUUUAGUGUGUUUCUAGUUCAUUCCAGGUACCUUGGUUUCAUCUUGCUUCCUUGUUCCCUUUCUGUUCCUAUUGUGUUGUACUAUGGCUUUGCCAGCACUUGGCCUCUUGUGUUUGUCACUGAUUUUCUCUAUUAUGAAUUGAAAAUUAUCUAUAAUAGAAGGGCAACAUCAAAUCUGUCAAAAAGAGACUUUCAAAAUUCAGUGAAGUGAGACACAUAAGUUUUCAUUCACUGCGUCCAUGAGACUUUUCUGCCACUGAAUUAAAGUGUGCCAUUCCAAAAGAAUCAUGUAGCAAUUCAUUGAUCAGUUGCACAAAACUGGAAUUAAGUGAAAGUGGAGUGUCUAGUAAUUAGUUGUUUACAUGCAUUCAGUUGGAUAACACAAACUUUUUCUUUUAGAAUUUUUUUUUUUAGAAUGCCAGAGGAAACAAAACUGUAAUCAUUUUUCUUUAGAAGUAGUGGCACACAGAGUCUGAUUCUGGACAGUUAAAUCAACAGCAGAAUAUAUGGUGCUAUAAAGACCUGUUGAAAAUAUUUCAACAGAGGUCCUUUUUAAAGUGUACUCAGCACAGAUAGGCAAAAUAGUUUCACAGUAUAAUAUUAAAAAAAGUAUGUGACGCUAAGGGUUAUAAAAGCAAUUAGGUUAACUCCUUAUUUUUCAACACUUUUUUUCUUUUAUUGGAUGGAAAAUUUAAAAAUUAGGAUUAUGAAUGCAUUUAAGAAAAUAUAAAGUCUGUUGUUUCAUCUUUUGAGAUCAAAAAUGCCAGCAAAUUAUGGUAGAAUAAAAGGUUGUCAUGCGUCAGCUGUACAUGGUAUCUGUCCACAUCUUGUUUUGUGAAACAUUCUUUUAAAGCUAGUUUGCAGAGAAGUUGAAAACUGAAACACUUCCAUAUUAAUUUUAGUACAGUAACAACCAGAGGUACAUAGAAACAAACAGAAAAAUCCAGCCAUUUCUUGGGUUAUGUGACUUCUACACCUUUCGAAUCAAUCAGUUCAUUGAUCUUCAUAGUUAGCGUAAUGGUUUUUAAUAAGCAAAGUAUGAAGUAAACAAAGUUCAGUCUAUAUAAAUAUAUUCUUCUGAAUUUUAGUCUGGCAGACAGGAAUGGUAACUGGGAAGAAAUUAUGGUUCACUUGAAAAUCAGAUAACUUCAUGUAAAACUGAAGGGCUACAAUUUGUAAUAACCCAAAUUAUUUAACAUACAAAUUUACUGAAAAUGCAAAAGAAGUUGUAUUCAGUUGAAAGUUAAAUUGCUUGUUUCGAGUAUUUUUUCAUAAUUUCUUUAAACAGUGCUGGUUUUAUAUAUAUUGGGAGCAAAUAUGAAGUGACUAGCGCAUUUAAACGUAGUAAAACACUGAAUGUUGGAAGGUUAGAAAUGAAAUAUAAGUAAGCUUACUAAUUUAAAAUUGAAGGCCUGAAAACUAUACUGAAAGAUUUAUGGGGUUUAUGUUUUACAAGCUUAUUCAUUGACUAAGAGUGUUUUAAAAGACAAUUGUCUGCUAUUCAGCAACUUUUUUAGAUCUCACAUUUUAAAUGUACUUGUGUGCUUUAUGUCCUGUUUCUGUUGCAGCUAUGAGAAAGGGAGAUAACUGGUGGCAAGGGAAAGGGCAUGGAAGAGAGAAAAGAGAUUUUGUAAGGCGGGGAGUAAGCACACACACAAAAAAAAUCAAUUUAUCUAUGCUACAAAGUAUAACAUGCCAAAGUAAAUAUUUUCAAAGCGCACAAUACUAGGAAUUACACAACUGAUGGGAACUUGACAACCUGAGGUUAGUGUUCCAAUGAUAUUACUAACAAGGUUUAACUUGCCAAAGGGGCAUCCUAUUAACAGAAGCAGAUUUAUGCUAAUGUAACUCCUGUUUGUGAGAGUGUCUGUUGGGAUAAGGAGUGAAAGGCUGGUCUCUGACAAGAAUGACAGAUCACACUUUGCUAUGUAACUAAAGUAAUGGUGCCAAAUAUGAAAGCCCAGAAAGAAGCAUUUAAAAAAAUUCUCAGGUUAGAAUAACAAAAAGGACAAAUGAGCUCUGUGGUCUGUUUCUGCCGGUUAUCAGACAUGGGAAGCUAUUAGCUUGUCUGUAAAGGGGGGAAUCUUGCUGUGUAAAAUGUUUUUAACCUUUGGAAAAUUGACUUUUUAAACCAGAUUUUAAGGUUAAAUAUUAAGAAAGCAUUAUUAAUAAUCUAUUUUGAUGUUAAAUUGAAAAUGUGAUUUUAAUGCAACAAUUUCAUGACAAAAAUACUGGAAUGAGGUUCCUGCACUAAAUCCAAAUAGCAGGUAAGCCAUUCUGUAUGUCUUACAUUUAUUGUAAAAUUGGCCUUGAUAAUUUUUUGGUUUUUAUGUUUUCUAAUAAAAAUCCUGAAAGAA